CUCUCUCUCUUCUGAACAUUGGAUGUGGAAUUGUAUCAUGGAGGCCACUUGAAGUGGCAGCAGCAGCAGCAGAACACAGCAGGAGUCAGGGCUGCCAAUGGCAUCUGAGACGGGAAACGGCCCAGCAAGAGGGGAGAUUUAAAUCCCUGCUCUCUUGCCAGGCCUUUGUGCGUUCCCCGCUUGUACCAGCCGAUUGCUGUCUCAAAUGCUGAUUGCAGACCACUGGGGAAAGAGAGUGUGUGUGUGUGUUUGUGUGCAUGCAGCGCGCACAGGUUUAAUGUUUCUGUACCCCUAGCAAUCAUUAAUUCCUCCAGCUGCUGCUUUAAGGGGAACAGUAAAAGGUGAAACACACACACACACAGAGAGUGUGUAUCUGGGGGUGGGGAGGAGGAGGAGGAGGAAGUCCUGAUUAACCAACACCUUCUGGCUGAUACAACAAAAUCCAGCAGUUGCUCCAAAGGUAUCAGGAAAUGUGAUGAUUAAGGCUGCUUUUCAAAGAAUGAAAACUCGGCAGGCAAGGACAAGGGAAUAAUAGCCCAGCUUGCAUCCAGGAGGGACGUCCAAGAACCCACAGAGCAAGGAACAACCUUGACAUUCGCACAGGCGCACGCGCAGGGCUGGGAGCAGUGGGAAGGAGCCGAGGAAUUUGCUCAGCUGGAGCCUCUGAGGCCUUGGCUGCGUUAUCUCUGUGGGAACCGCACACAGACUGGGUGGUGUGCCGGGUAAGAGUCGAAAGAGUCUCUCGGGAACGGGGGCCACCCCAGAUCAACUAGUUUCGGGGAGCAAAGGGGUGGCAACAGAUGUGAUUAAGGAAGUGAGGAUUUUGCUCUGCACUGAACACUACUUAUAGAGGGGUUGCUCUGGAGACCUGUGAGCUCCCCUCGCUGAGCAUCGCUUUCCAGGAGCAUGUACAACAGCAAAGGGCCAUAUGAUAGCCCCACAACUGGAUAUGCCCCUCCUGGAGAGGACUAUGGGUACGACAUCCACUCGCCUCCCCCUGGCUCCUACUACAUGGAAGACGUACCCCAGUAUUUCUACAAGUGGAACUCUCCCCCCGGCGUGGUGCGGAUAUUGGAAGGCACGGGGAUCCUGCUCUGCGUCACCAUAUUUGCCUGCGUGGCAUCCACCCUUGCCUGGGAAUAUGGCUAUGGCUAUGGAGGUCUUUACGGCGGCACCAUGGGUGGCUAUGGAGGUGGCUAUGGCGGAGGCAUGGGCUACUAUGGAGGGUACGGGGGCUAUGGAGGCUACGGGGGCUACUAUGGUGGCGUGACCAACCCCCGGGCAGCCAACGGCUUCAUGAUUGCCAUGUCGGUGCUGUGCUUCAUCGCCCUCCUGGCUCUGGCCGUCACCAGCCUCACCAAGUCCAGCGGCUCUCGCUCCAGAAGGUUCUACCUGAUUGUCAUUGUGGUGUGCGCCAUUCUGGCCUUUGUCAUGCUGAUCGCCUCCAUCGUCUACAUCAUGGGGGUCAACCCGCGGGCACAGAUGUCCAGCAGCUACUACUACAAUCCCAUGCUGACCAUGUGCAACCAGAUCUACUCCACGGGGACCUACAUCAACCAGUAUCUCUACCACUACUGCAUGGUUGACCCUCAGGAGGCGAUUGCGAUUGUCUGUGGCUUCCUCUUGGUUAUCCUCCUCUGCAUCACUUGCUUCUUUGCCCACAAGACACGUCAGAAAAUCUGGAGGUACGGGAAGCAUAAUAUCUACUGGGACAAGCCCCCAGCCUUCCAGGAGGGUCCGAACGUGGAAGAGUGGGUGAAGAACGUUGCCGACGAGGCUAGCGUCCAUGAUGAGACUGCCACUCUGGCCUAUUCAGAAAAGCCCAUGAGCCCCGUCAACGCACCCGCCAGUCCAUACAACCACAAGGCUUCCGAGAAUGGCUAUUAUGCUACUGGAAACCAGAGCAGCACGCCUUUCCAAACAUCCACCAACCAGCCUACCCGGACCUUCAGCUCCAGCACUUUGGAAGAGAAGGCCAGAGAGAGCCCCAGCAAGCCAUCUGCCCGCAGGGGUCGGAGACGAAGGAGGAACCCUGAACUAGAAGAAUCCCAGUAUGAGACUGACUACACCACAGCUGUGGACUCCAGUGAUGAAAGAGACCAGGAUGAGUGGAGCAGCCUGUACCCACCGAUCACAUCGGAUGGAGUCCGUCAGAGGUACAAACAAGAAUUUGACACUGAUCUCCGGUAUUACAAGCAGCUGUGCGCAGAGAUGGACAGCAUCAACGACCAGAUCAACCAGCUCAACAAACAGCUGGAUCUUCUGAAAGAAGGCAGCCUACAGUAUCAGGGGGUAGCAGAAGAAUACAACCGGCUGAAGGAUCUGAAACGCACUCCUGACUAUCAGAGCAAGAAAAUGGAGAGCAAGUCGCUGAGGAACAAGCUGUUCCACAUCAAGCGGAUGGUGAGCGAAUAUGACAAGCACAGAGGGUAGGCACCAUGGGACCCACUGAAAGGCUUCCGGAGGGGGACAGAUAUCCUGCCUUUCUCCUCCCCGUCUUAAGGACCUGGCUGCAAGCAGACCAACCACUGAGGGCUGCUUUCAGUCUUUUUGUACAUACAUUGAAGUGACACCUUUCAUCCAUUUGCGUGCCAAGUUUGGAGACAGUAAAUACUCCAGGCCACGGGACCCUGAUGGUAAAAAGACUUCAGGAGCUAUCCAGACAGACAAACUAAACACCUCCUUUACAUGAAGUGCUCUUUGGAAAACCCAGUGUGUUGUUCAAACAAGCAAGUUUGUAUCUGCAACAAAAGAAGCUUCUUAUUUUUGGUGCCAAAUGCUAGCCUAGCUCUUUGGAAAAUUGGUUCCGAUUGGCAGCAUCGAAAAGACCAAUUAAAAUUUCGUGAAGUUAUUUUUUAUCGUAACCCUGUAGCCUUCUCGACUUGCCUUUCCAGGAUCCCUUAUUUCAAGGCAAUUGGUUGCCUUUUAUGUAUAGCUGUGUGGUCAGAUCCAAACAGAGCAAGCUAUAAUAUUUUUCAGGGUCCCCAUUUCCAGAGAAGUGGCAAAUGCUAAGUGCAACUUAAAUUGUCCUCAUCUAAAAUACCUGUGCUUGAUUCAAAAACAGCACUCCUGUGAGGUAGAACCCUCCAAGAAAGUUACCCCACCCACUCACUUUCAGCUAAUGCCAACUAGAAACUCCCAGCAUGCACUCUUUCUGCCUACAUGCCUUGUUUCUGCGAGGUCCCCUCCCUCUGCUGGAGGAGUACCACCUCCCUCCCGAUUUUGAUGGGUGUCUCAUUCAAAGAGAGCUCCCCAGCCAGCAGGAGACCAUCUCCUAACCCAAGGUAGGCAACCUUGGCUCUCCAGCUGUUGUUGAACUACUACUCCCAUCAUCCCUACCUGCCCUAACCAUUUGAUCCCAUUGAUAAGACACCAGCCAUCCAGCACUCUGCAAGAGAAAUGAACUCUGAAGUCUGAGACCCAGUUACCUAAAGGAAUGCCUGCACCCAUUAUGAACCUCUCUUGUGGAAUUCUCUCUCUGGGGAGCUCUGACAUGCCUCACCCUUCCUGUUUUUAAGUAGACCUUGACGACUAGUUACUCAAGACUUUUAAUGUCUGCAGUUCAACAUUAUAAUCUUGUGCUACGCUACUUCUGCUGUUAUUUAUUUACGGUGAUUCUUACCAUUAUGUUGUGUUUUUAUUUUGUCAUGUAAACCACCUUGUGGAAUCUUCUCGAAAAGGCACUUGUAAAUCUAUGAAAUAAACAUACAUACAAACCCAA